GAAAAAUCAAAUUUGCUCACGUCUCUACCUAAACUGUACUUUUCUCUCUAUUCUCCAACCUCUCUCUCCCAUAAGUUCAAAGAGAUAAUGUGGAUUCACCAAAGAAUCAGAGGAAGGACGCGACGAUGGUGAAUUCAUACAUACCUCUUCGUUUCACCAUCUUCAUCUCCUUCUCCAUCGCAGCAUCUUCUUCCUUCAAAUUCCACUCCGUUUCCCAUGCUCCGUUGUCGUUGCCCAAAGCCACCGCCGACGAUCUUAUCUCUGUUCUCGGACCAUCCUACGCCGCGUCGUCUCUCAACCCAAUCGUAUCUCGAGAUAUCAAAUCGUGUCUCAAAUUCCUCGUCCCUUUCAAACCGGAUAAAUCUAAACCCGAAUGUGGACGAUGUUCGCUUCGCACUGGACUCUGUUCAGGUAAAAUCGAAGCCGUUGAGAAGCGGAGCAAGGUUGAAGAUGAGAAUUCUCUUGUCUGGUGGCCACCGGAGCCGAUUCUGGAACUUGCUCGUCUCGCUGUUGAUUCCGGUGGUGAUCCCGGUUCAAUCCAGCGAACUCUCGAUCCCAAAGUGAUCCCGGUUCCUAAUGUUGAACAAUCAAGAAAAAAUAAAUGCCAGCUCACAAGAACUCCAUAUGGUCGUCAUUUUAUAGCAGAGGAAGUGAACUCAUAUUUCGAGUUCUUGUUUCAACUAAUUGAAUCUAGGGGACCUAGUGUUGGACUGGAUGUGUCAUUGAGUAGAUAUGAUUUGUUCCAUGGUCACCUAUUUCUUGCCUCAGAUACUGGACGCCUUGGGAUACUGUUUCAUGCUAAAGAGUAUCCAGCUUAUGACAAGAAAGUGUUUCCUUACAACAUGGGAUAUUGCCAGAGAGGAUCUGAUGUGACGUACGAUGAUUCAAUGAACUUGAGAAAUAUCCUAUGGCUGGCACCAUUACCCAGCAACUCUAGUCCAGGUUGGGUUGCUCCAGGUGUACUUGUGGUGCUUGAUGCGCACCCAGAUGGAAUCAUAUACCGGGAUCUUAUCCCUAAGUAUGUUCAGUUUGUAAGAACAAUAUACGAAGAUGAUUUGGGAACAACGGCAGUUGAUGUCAAUUACUUGAAUGUCGGAACUACUCAGGAACCUGACUAUCAGCUUUUCAUGUGCUGAAACCAGUUAGAUGUUGACGAUUACGCAGUUGUCUGAUCGAGAAUUUGAUUAAGAUAAGUUACUGGCGAUGGUAUAAACUCAAGAACGUUCCAGUUGGUUGCUAAUUUAGACAGGUGUGAAGUAUUGUGGGUUGCAAAUAGCUUUAACAAUGUGUUAGGUGAUUGUAUUCAAAGUGACAUUGGUGAUGUAAAUUAAUUUCAUCAAUAACAUACUACAGAUUUAUUAUUUUCCUC